AGAUCGGAAGGCACGGCAGAGACUACUUGCUGCUGGGCAGCACAAGACUUUCAUCAUGACGUCCACCUUUACUUGCAUAACCUGUCGUGUUGCAUUUCAUGAUGCUGAGAUGCAGCGGUCACAUUACAAGACAGACUGGCACCGAUAUAAUUUGAAAAGGAAAGUGGCCGAUUUGCCUCCAGUAACUGUUGAAGAAUUCAAUCGUCGAGUUGUGUCUCAGAGGGAAAAGGAUGAGACAAGCGGUCAAGAGAUUACAGUGUAUUGCAAUGUUUGUCGCAAGUCCUACACCAAUCAAAAGGCAUUUGACAACCACCUUAGCUCCAAGAAGCACAAGUUAAAUCUGAAAGAAGUCAGUUCAGAUGGGUCAUUUGCAGAUGGUAGUGGAAUUCAAACUACAAGAGUGAAGAAAACUUCUGUCCCCUCCGUAGCUUCAUCUUCCGCAGCAAAAGAUAAUGAAAUGGAAAUUGAUCCGGAAAUUGAAGAAGUUGAUUCCGAUGAAUGGGAAGAUGAGGAUGAUUGGGAAGAUGAGAAUAAUCCUAUAUUUCACAAUAAUUGCCUAUUUUGCUCCAACCAUAGUGCCAAUAUGUUGAAAAAUUUAAAACAUAUGUCAAUUGCGCAUGGAUUCUUCCUCCCUGAUGCAGAGUUUCUCACCGAUCCACGUGGCCUUCUUAUGUACCUAGGGGAGAAGGUUUGUCAAGGAUUCAUGUGCCUUUGGUGCAAUGAUCGUGGACGCACAUUUUAUUCAGCAGAAGCUGCAAAGGCACACAUGAUUGACAAAGGUCAUACAAAGAUGCUUUUUGAAGGAGAUGCUCUGGCGGAAUAUUCAGAUUUUUAUGACUAUUCAAAGAGUUAUCCAGAUGCAGAUGGAGAUGCAGAUCCAGAUGAGGAGGUUGAGAUUCCUGAACUGGACAGCGGUGAUUACUUCUUAAAAUUACCAUCAGGAGCAACUAUUGGGCAUCGUUCUCUCUUCAUAUAUUACAAACAAAGUUUAAAUCCAAACAGACAAGUUGCUUUUGCUCCGAAGAAAAUGAACACAUUCCUUUCAACUUAUCGUGCUCUAGGAUGGUCUGGAACUGACUCAGUCGCAGCUGCAAAGAAAGCAAGAGAUGUGCAUUAUAUGAAGAGAAUUCAAGCAAAACAUGCAUGUAAGCUGGGAAUAAAAGCUAACAAGCUCCAAACUCAUUUCAGGCACCAAGUCCUCUUCUAGACUGUUGCUCUGUUUAAUUUUAGGGAUGUUAAUAAUAUAUUAUUUAAAAAUAUAAAUCAGCUUAAAUUA